UGGCGCUGUGUUUUGCUCCUCCUCCCCUCCAUUCGCCACCCAACUCGAGUUGACUCGUGGAUCGUCGACCCGCGUCAACCGUUACGACCAAUGUCUUCAACUGCACCACACUCCACAACCAACGCCGUUCUGUCGGGGCUCAUGGUAGCAUGCACUCUUACGUGGCUGUUGUAUGCAGGCGCACUGUCAAGCCGUGAGCGCCGCGAGGCAUUCUCACCACCCCUUCUCGCGCUCUCUCAUCCCAAGGGCCUCGUCGUCGUACGAGGGUUGCUGCUGGCUCUCCUUGGCCCGGCCAUGGCCGGCCAAAUCCAGCUGGUAGGAGCUCUUCUUGGCCAACGCACGGUCCGCGGCACCCCCAGUCUUCCACGUCGUCGCGUCGUCGCGUCGUCGCGUCGCGUCCGGCGACCUGGGGCCAUUCCGUGGCCUCGCUGGCGGUCGUGUCGAGGGCCGUGCACACUGCGCCGCGCCGCGCCAACGCCAUCUCUUAGCCUCUUGGCCUCUUGGCUUGUGCAGAGCCAACGGCCAAGGGGCGUCUCAUGCGCCUCAUUUUACCGCAGUGAUCUGGCGCCCACGCCCGGCGAUCGGUGACUCCCACCCGCCUACGUCUGUCGAAACGUCAAGCUGAUACGCCCUUCCUUGACGCGCCGCUCCUUGGGAAUCUCGUGCUGCCAUCAGUCACC